UGGAACGCUUCAGCAUGGUGGGAACCAGGUGUAAUAAUCCCGUAGCCUUUGCCCUGGCAGAGAUGCUGAAGGUGAACACCACACUGAAGAGUCUAAACAUAGAAUCCAACUUCAUCACAGGGACGGGUAUCCUGGCUCUCAUUGCCUCACUGCAGUCCAACACAACCCUGCAGGAACUCAAGAUCGACAACCAGAGCCAGCCGCUAGGUAACAAGGUGGAGAUGGAGAUAGCCAGCAUGCUGGAGAAGAACACCACGUUGUUGAAGUUUGGCUACCACUUUACCCAGCAGGGCCCCAGGCUGAGGGGCUCCAACGCCAUGAUGAACAACAACGACCUGGCUCGGGUAAUCCGGUCUGAUCAUCACUCGGACAAUUCCUUUACCCUCACUCUGUCCGUGCCGGAACUGGAGAGGACAUUUGGUCAAAAAGUUCAAGCCGAAACUCACCAAACCCAAGACCAAGAAAUAAGAAAGAGAAGGCUUGAAGGAGGUCCCAUCUUCCCCAAGUGUCGGACAAGCGUGUAGCGCCGUGCCAGGCGGCAGCACUGCCCGGGCCCUCCCAGCCCCGUAUUCAGCCAGAUGCACUCCAACAGAUAUCCCAUCAACCCCUGCUUCCGAAACCCUAACCUCGACCCCUCUGCGAUGACAGAAAUCUUUCCAAUUCAAAUGUCAGGGGCUUUGGCAAAUCUUGUUCCUACUGUGGAAUGGAGUUGAUCUACUAUUGUAAAAAA